CUACAAGUAAUAUCUCUCUCCUCACUCCGCCGCGUUCAAAUGUUUGAAUAAGCCUCUCUUCUCUCGCCAACCUCAAGCUCCGCCCACCACCAAACGGCUCGUUUCGCCUUCAACACCGCACACCUCCGCCGAUGUCGCCGCGCACGCUGCCGCCACGGCCGCCGGGCCCGGUGCGGCGCCUCACGACGGCGCCCAGCCCCGGCUCCAAGCGCCGCCUCGACUUCCUCCCGGCGGCCACGCCCCCGCGCUCGGCCAAGCGCCGCCGCCCCGCCCACCUCUUCGCGACGGAGGACAUUGUCCAGCUGGUCGGCAGCAUCCGCCGCGACCUCGCCCGAGUCCACGCGGGCACGGCCUCCGCCCCCACCCGCCGCCUCCUCCCCCUCUCCCCGGCCACCCCGAUGAGAGGCACCCGCCUCCUCCUCCCCUCGCCGGCCACCCCGACGAGCACCAGCAGCCGCCUCCUCCUCCAUUCCCCGGCCACCCCGAGGAGCACCACCCGCCCCCUCCGCGUCCCCGCCGCCGCAGCGCGCCAGGAGCGCCCGGUCGAGGCAGUCUUGCGCAUCCGCAGCCUAGCCUCUGCCGACGGCGGCGCGGAGUCCGCUCUGGAGGUCGGCGGCGGCGGGACGUCGGUGCGCGUGCGCCAGGGCGGCGCGUGCCGCGACUUCGCCCUCGACGGCGUGUCGGCGUCGGCGGACGAGGGCCUGGAUGCGUUCUACGCCCGGUUCGUGCAGCCCAGGGUCGCGGGGGUGCGCGCGGGCGCCAACUGCACCGUCAUGGUCUACGGGCCCACGGGCUCCGGGAAGAGCCACACCAUGUUCGGCUCGGACGACCAGCCCGGCAUUGUGUACCGCGCGCUCACGGACAUGCUGGAGGGUGGCGGUGCCGGCUGCGACGGCGACGGCGAGAGCUUCGUGAGGGUCUCCGUGCUGGAGAUCUACAAUGAGGUGGUGUACGAUCUGCUCGCCGGCAGCGGAGGAGCCAAUGCCAAGGUAAGGCUAGAACUGAUGGGCACAAGAGCCAAGAAUGCAACAUAUAUAUCUGGAAAUAAAGCAGGGAAGCUAUCAAGAGAAGUUGCCGAAGUGGAGAAGCGGCGUGCUGUGAAGGGCACGAGCUGUAACGCGAGGAGUUCGCGCAGCCACUGCAUGAUAGUCUUGGAUGUGCCGUCAGUGGGAGGAAGGCUCAUGCUUGUGGACAUGGCCGGCUCUGAGAACAUAGAAGCUGCAGGCCAAAUUGGACCUGAAGCCAAAUCGGAGACGGGAAGAAUUAAUCAAGGGAACACGACGCUGAAGCGGGUGGUUGAGUCGAUUGCCAAUGGUGACUCACAUGUCCCAUUCCGGGACAGCAAGCUCACAAUGCUACUACGGGAUUCAUUUGAUGACGAGGGAUCCAAAAUCCUCAUGAUCCUGUGUGCAAGUCCUGACCCAAAGGAACUACACAAGACCAUAUCCACCCUGGAGUACGGAGCCAGAGAGAAAUGCAUCACCCGUGCAGCAGCUCACGCCUCGACACCGUCGGGCAAGAUGAGCUCCAAAGACGCCGGGUACGAGGUGAUGCGGUCGAAGGACGAGGAGAUUGCGCGUCUGAGGACGAAGCUCAGGUUUAUGGAAGCAGCCGCGACACAGGAAGAGAUCCGCGUGAAGGCCGUCGUCGAUGAGGAGGCCCGGGUCCUAAGGAGUGAGCUGAGGACGAUGGGAGAGAAUAUGCUCAUGCAGCAGCAGGAGCUCCUUGCUGUGAAGCAGCGGCUGCAGGAGGUGGAGCGCGAGAAGCUCGACGUGGAGGAUGAGUUGCACCUGGCCUGGAGGGUCAUGAUGAAACUUGCAGUCUACGUGCAAAACUUGGGUGGCCCACUCACUUGAAUGAUAGAGAUCCAUAAUCUUUUUAUUAGGCCCGUUUCUUUUGGGUGGUGCUUCAGGACAUAUGGGGAGAAAAUGUGAGUAGUUGACUGCUGCUACAUCUACGUUCUUUUGGGUUGAACGACAUACUCGCUGCUGCUAUGUUUGUAGGAGUUCAUGCUAAAUUGGUCUCACUGUGCGUAAAACUUUGCAUGAUCAUUUUA